AUGCCUCGCGGCGGAUAUGCGCAGCAGCAAGAAGGUUUCGGUCAUCCCUUGAGGAGUGUGCGUCAUCUGUUUUAUCUCGCUAUCAUUAUUCACGGUGCCCCCUUUGAGGAGUUACGCCGCAUCGGUAGUCUCGCUCGUACGAGGCACGAUCUAUAUCCCUCUCUUGUAGCGUGGUGUGCACUGGCUGAUGCGCACCCUAGAGAGCAAAAGAAUUCGAAGUGGUGGAGACUUCUAGUCCACACCUCUCACAGGUGGGUGAUGGUGCGGAAAGGGACAGUUGUAAAGGAGGAGAGCCUGCGGCAGGAGCUCCUGGACGACCCGGAGGUCGAUCCGCCGGAGGUUGGGGGGAGGAGGCUGGACUGGCAGCGAGAUGCGGUGCAUUCGAGACAGUCGUCGCUGAGGGUGCUCGUCCCGACAGCAGCCAGCGUGUUCAAAUGGGACCAAGGCGGCGCCCUGAUCGAGGGCAUCGACGAAGCGACCAUCGGCCUUCUCGAUGAGCACCGGCUGUCCAUCAAGACUCUGGGGGAGCGGUACUGCACCGACCUUAACUCCGAGCGACCAGAGCACAGCGGCGGGGUGAACCCAGAGCGAGCGAUGCAGGUGUUGAAUAUGAUCGGACCUAACGAGCUCACGCCGCCGCCGACGGAGCCCGGGUGGAAGCUCUUCCUCAAGGAGCUGCUCGCGCCGCUCAACCUCAUGCUCAUCUGCGCCUCACUUUUGUGCAUCUUCAUCUACGCCGCGACCGUUUUCGAAAGCGACAGCAGCACGGAUAUGGAAUCGUUGCAGCUCGGGCUGGUUCUGGCCGUGGUGAUCCUCCUGAACACGCUGCUGGACUUCACCCAGCGGCAGAACGCUGAAAAGGUGCUCAAGAGCUUCUCCAAGCUGUGCCCUUCGAGCUCCCUGGUAAACAGGGGCGGGGAGACGCUGGAAGUCGAUUCGACCGAGCUCGUCAUGGGAGACGUGGUAACUCUCAAAGCCGGGGACAAGAUACCCGCCGACAUCCGGUUCAUCUGGUGCAACGGCGCGACGGUGGACAACUCCUCCCUCACGGGAGAGUCGGCCCCCCUAAAGAGGACAGCCACCGCCAGGACGGACAACUCCAGGGAGGCCGAGAACAUGGGCUUCUUCGGGACGACGCUCGUGCAGGGGAGCGCCCUCGGCGUGGUCAUCCGGACGGGGGACAGCACAACCAUGGGCCAGAUCGCGGCCUCAGCAGGAGCCAAGCGGGCGAUCGAGAGCCCCCUGACGGUGGAGAUAGAGAUGUUCGUGAAGAUGACGGCCGUGAUCGCCACGAUCACGGGGGUGAUAUUCUUUUUACUGGGGUACCUGUUGGUGGACAGCGACUUCCUCGACCAGUUCGUGUUCCUAGUCGGAAUAUUCGUCGCUUUCGUGCCCCAGGGCCUGCCGGCGACCGUGACCAUGCUCCUGACCUUUGCGGCCAUGAGGCUCAAGGACAGGAAUGUGCUGGUCAAGGACCUUACCGCGGUGGACACCCUGGGCACCAUCACCCUUCUCGCCUCGGACAAGACCGGCACCCUUACCAUGAACCGAAUGACCGUGGUGGAAGUCUGGAUGAAUGGCAGGCGCCUAUCGGCGCAGGGGGCAAGGGACGCGGAGGCUAGCUUCGGCGCCGCGCCGGAGGAGUUCGACAUCAGAGACACGCCAAACGCCUUAGCGAUGAUGGAGUGCUUCCUUCUCAACUCGACAGCGAGGUUCACGGGCGGGCAGGUGGAAGGGUUCGGGGCGGAGUCUAAGAUUAUCGGCGAUGCCACCGAGAGCGGCCUGGUCAGGUUCGCGGCCUUCAGGCUGCUGGGCAACGAGGACGUCGACGCCUUCAGAGACCAGUACCCCAAGGUGAUGGACCUGCCGUUCGACUCUGGGCGAAAGUGGUCGCUCUCGAUCCACCGCAAGCCGCACUCCAAGGGGGCGCUGACGCUCUUCGCCAAGGGAGCCCCCGAAAGGGUGCUGGCCAAGUGCUCCUCGGCCCUAGGCAGGGGCCAGGCGGAGGACGCCCCUUUCGUUGCCCUGGACCGCGCGUUCGAGCUGAGCUACCAGGCGGCCUACGAGGAGCUGGCCGGCCGCGGCGAGAGGGUGCUGGCCUGCGCGAUGAUGCCGCUGGACGGGGCGGAGUUCCCGGAGGACUUCGAGUUCGACGACGCCAACUUCCCGCAAGAAGGUUGGUCUUUCAUUGGCCUGGUGGGGCUGCGCGAUCCACCCAAGCCGGGGGUGCGGGAGGCCAUCGAGGAGUGCAACGCGGCGGGGGUGCAGGUGGUGAUGGUCACUGGGGACCAUCCGCUGACGGCGGAGGCUAUCGCUCGACAGGUGGGCAUCAUCAAGGGGGCGUCUAAGGCAGCGGUCGCGGCGAGACUAAUGGUGUCCGAAGCGGAGGUGGGCGAGGAUGACUAUGACUGCGCCAUCUUGCACGGGGACCAGAUCGACGACCUCACACCCGAGGAAUGGGAUCGCACCCUAUCGAAGAAGGAGAUCGUCUUCGCACGCACCACCCCGCAGCACAAGCUGGAGAUCGUCACUCGAUUCCAGGCUCUCGGACACAUCGUUAGCGUUACCGGAGACGGAGUGAACGACUCCCCUGCCCUGAAGCGCUCCGACAUGGGGAUCGCUAUGGCACUUACUGGCUCCGACGUCUCCAAGGAGGCGGCGUCCAUCAUCCUGCUGGACGACAACUUCGCUAGCGUGGUGAGGGGCAUCCGAGAGGGCCGGCUGGUGUUUAAUAACCUCAAGAAGAGCAUCAUGUACACCCUUUGCCACAUCGUGCCGGAGGUGAUACCCUUCCUCCUGUACGUUUCGCUCAGCAUCCCGGCGGCCAUCAACAGUUUCCUCAUCCUUUGCAUCGAUCUCGGAACGGAGAUCGGGCCUGCUCUGUCCUUCGCCUGGGAGGCAGCAGAGGAUGACAUAAUGGAAACGGCUCCGAGAAGAUUCGUGAAACCGCUGGCGCCUCCCGUGGUAGCGGAUAGGAGCGAGAUGGAGGGGCUGUCGCGGAUCAAGGACUUCGAGGUCGAAGAGGUUGAUGUGCUGGCGCCCGAGCACCAGGCGGUCGCCCACCGCCUCGGGCUGUUCUGGUUCAAGCCGACGCAGAUGUCGGUGGUGGGAAGGAACGAGGAGGACGAGGUUCUCGUCGACAGCUUCGUCUUUGCGUGGAGCUACUUGCAGAUCGGUGUGAUCACUUCAGUAGCCGGUCUAUCGGCGUAUUUCUGGGAGAUGUACCUCAGGGGGAUCUGCCCAUCAGACCUUCUCUGGUCCUCGGAGGAAGGGUACUUCGACGACGGCGCGGAAAAUUUCGUGACGUGUACUGGUCUUGUUCUCACCGAUAGCGCUCAGAUGGAGGCACUGUACAAGGCGCAGAGCGCAUACUUCGUUUCCGUGGUAAUGUGCCAGAUCGCCACCGCGCACGUGUGCAAGUUCCGGAAAGGGCUGCCGUGGGGCUCGCGCUUCCUCAUCAACAAGAGGACUUACGUGGCAUGCUUCAUAAGUUUCUGUUUUUCAAUGUUCGUCAUCAACUGUCCGGGGGUGCGCUUCGUCCUGUACGCAAGGCCGUUCAACCCGAUCGUGGCGACGGCUCCGCUUGUCGGCGCCCUCUGCAUCGUCAUCUACGAGGCAGUCAGAAGAACGCUGUACCCGACGAUGGGCUUCGUCCCUCGGAAGCGCCUGGAGGCGGAACGGGAGCGGCUGAUAUCGGCAGAGGGUGGCGGCUUGGGUACAGGCGGCGGUGCCGGUGGCGGCGGCGGCGGAGGCGUUAUGGAUUUCCUGGGAGACCGAAAAGACCCCAAGUCGUUCCGCCGUACAGUCGUCCUUGACGUGGAGAAGGGUGGCGUGUCCGCUACACUGUGAAGACGAGGGCCAAGAGCAUGCGGCCACCGGGGGGGCAGCCGUGAUGGCGCGGAACGCCCAACCUCGACGUGCUUGGUGGUUUCCCCUCGGGGAGAGGCAUCGCGGAAUUAUAGUAUGGAGUGUUUCGCUUGGUUCGGCGGACCUGAUACACUCAUGUACGUGUUUGAUUUUGUGUCUCCACAGGUUGGUGAUUUGAACGGGUGACGCUCAACAGUACCCGUUAGUUUUGAGUGGGCAUGUUCGUGCGCCCGUUCGUUUUUUUCGCGCGUAGGUGUGUUCAUGAAGCGUUGUUGUAUCGCCAUCGUGGGUACACGCGCCGGUGUUGCGCGAUGGCUUUGUCCCAUUACUAAAGCGGUCUGGCGCAACGUGGGGUCGAUCCUCGAGACCCUCGUUUCUCAGUUUUGGAUGUAUUUGAGUUUUGGAUGUAUUUGGGUUAUGGAUGUAUUUGUUCCAAGGGCUUGCGGGGUGUGCACACGUGUUGGGUCUCACACUUCCUUUUACCAGGUAGUCUAGGUCGGCAUGCGGUUGACUCUGCAUCCUCGUCUGAGUGGGUGCCCCAGGUCGCGAGCUCUGUAUUGUUUGGCUUUUUGCUGUUGUUGUCAUCGGUUGAUUUGACAUCGUGGCGUAGUUGUGACGUCGAUCCUGAACCUUUCUCCCUUCGUGCUCUUCGAGGCUAAAAACAUUCUUUCCUCUGUCCGAGGCUAGUCCAAGAUGAGCUUCCAUUACGAAGAGGGCGCAUGUUUGUAGCGGAGCUUCAGUCCGGCGGCAGAACAUUUGUGGUUUGCGCGUGGUGCACAAAUAUUGGCCGAGAUCGGAGCAGAAGUCCUUUGUUUGGUGUGCUACGGAGCGCCAUUACAUUUGUUUGGUGUUUGUUAUUGAUGUUUUCGUUUUGUUUUGUUGGGGAGGGGUUGGAAGACAUGGUGUCUAGCCUGAAUUACCUGGUAAUCGAUCUCGACUUGAACCGUGAGAGAAUAACUACAACCAGGGGAGCACAGAGCAACUGCAUUAAGUGGCACUGAACGCCAGCUGGAAGAGUGUCACGCAACCAACAACCGUUCGUCGGGGCAUAGACAGUGGUU